AUUUGACAAAACAAUAUGGAGUCUGCAGUCCUUAGAGUCAAAUUAAAAACGUUGUAAUGAGUUUUUCGGUGGAUAGUUUCGCCUAUUUCCAGCAGCUAUGGCAGAUGAAGACAUGGUGCCGCAAGCGAUGACGCUUGUUGAGGAUGAGUAUCCCCAUGUCCAUAUGGAUCCUUUCCUGUCCAUCAUGGAAGAUCCAGAUGAAGUGCCAUUUAUUAUCCAUCGGGUUGACUCCAACGAAAUCGUGUAUCAGCCUCGCCGGCGGAAGGCAAAACUGAUAGGGAAAUAUCUGAUAGGGGAUGUGCUAGGCGAAGGGUCUUACGGGAAAGUCAAGGAAGCUAUUGACACGGAGACGUUAUGUCGACGUGCUGUGAAAAUCUUAAAAAAGAGAAAACUGAGAAAGAUUCCAAACGGAGAACAGAAUGUUCAAAGAGAAAUACAAUUCCUGAAGAGACUCUGCCAUCGUCAUGUUAUCAACCUCCUCGACGUACAUGUUAAUGAUGAGAAACAGAAGAUGUACCUUAUUAUGGAAUACUGUGUAUGUGAACUUCAGGAGAUGCUUGAGAGUACCAAAGACAAGAAAUUCCCUUUAUGUCAGUCACACAACUAUUUUUCUCAGCUGAUUGAUGGUCUAGAAUAUUUGCAUGGACAGGGCAUUGUACACAAAGAUAUCAAGCCCAGUAACUUGCUUCUGACCACAGACGAGACAUUGAGGAUAACUGACUUAGGAGUGGCAGAGAAAUUGGAUAUGUUUGCCGAGGAUGACACAUGUAGAACUAGCCAAGGGUCUCCAGCGUUCCAGCCCCCUGAAAUUGCUAAUGGACUUGAGACGUUUGUUGGCUUCAAAGUGGAUGUUUGGGCUAGUGGUGUUACAUUAUACAACAUGGCUACUGGUCUGUAUCCAUUUGAGGGUGACAAUAUUUAUAGAUUAUUUGUAAAUAUUGGAAAAGGAGUAUACACCAUUCCAGACACAUGUGACUCACUGUUGUCAGGUCUUUUAAAAGGCAUGCUUCAUGUUGAGCCAGAGAAGAGAUUAGGGAUUCAACAGAUAAAAAAACAUGACUGGGUAUGUAAGAAGCAUACAAGGACACAGGACUAUGUCCCAUUUCCCCCUUCUAAAGAGGAGGGGGAUGUAUACAGGAGCAUGAGUGUGGUCCAGUAUCUGGAGGACCUACACUGUGGCACACCCAGUGAUGAUGAGGAAUAUGAUGACUCACAGAUUUUCUCUGACACUAUUCCCUCUACAAACACUGCAAACAAUAAUGCCCAACCAGUAAUUAAAGACAACUCCAUUCCAGAGCAUAAACACAAGAAGAAGCGAGCGAAGUCUGGGCUUCUGGCCUCUUGUAAACAGUCCUGAUUGGUUGCAGUGGUUAUAUGGUCAUUCCUGAUUGGUUUAAAUGGGUGUGUGUUCCUUAGUGAUAGUUGAAAUAGACUGAACAGCUCUAAAGUGCAUUUGAAAUGUGCUUGUAUACAUGUUAAUUGUAUGUAAGGAAACAGUGCUGGUACGAGAGGGUUAUCAGAUAAGACAUUUUUAUAUGAGAUAUUCAAAGCAUGCAUAAGUGUGAAAAUGAGAGAAAUUUUGUUAACUAGAUGUCACAAUGAUAUUACUCUGACAAGGGGUAUUGGGACGAAAAAAAACCCUCAAGUAUGGAAGAUGAAAGAGUGUUGGAGGCAUUUGUCAUUUUCAUUUCAUUGUCAUCAGGGUUAAUUCCAGAUUUUAAAAAUAGCCUUGCACUGUAUAUUUAGAUUUUUAUUUAAACAUCUGAAUGCAUUGAAAUAGGAAUAUUAUACAAAUUUCACCUAUAAGAGGGUACUUAUUUUUUACUUAACUGUCAUUUGCUUUAUGAAUAUAAAAUUGACUAUAGGUGAAUAAAUUUUACUCCUUGUAACAUUUAAAUCACCAACUCUCAAUUUUUGUCUUAAUAUGUUGUAAAGGACAAAGGAAUAGGGUAAUGAUUAAGUGUAAAGGGAUGAAUGGGGUAUUACAAAUGUAUUGGGUAAAAUGGUGAUGUAAUAAGUUUUGCUGGAUUUGAUCCAGAACAAUAUUUGUUAUCUUAAAUGGUCUAAAUGACAGGUAUUAUUAUCCUCUGUCUCAAAUAAUCAUCCUUUUUCAUGGUAUGUCUGUCGGUCUAUAUGGAAUUUACCUGUUUGCCUUCCAUUAUGAUGGGACAACCAGUAAUACUGGCUCGGGAAGUAAAUUAAUGUAUAUAAGCAUUUGAUUUAGUUACCAUGAUAAUUUGAUAGCUGGUAAGGGAUACAUUAGUGGCGUAUAACUAUACUUUCCACAUUCCAGUCUACUGGCAAAUCUAUAUACAGACCAGCAUCUUAAAAGAAAAAUAUUGCUGUCUAUCUUUUACAAUAAUGUUGUGCUUUUCUAAUGGGAGGCACACAGGGAGUAUACACAAUUUGUGUUUUUUUAUAUCCUGGGAGCCACAAACUAUGGCUGAUUUUGUGAAUACAAUUGUAAAGUUACCUCAUUGGUUGAAAUACUCAUCGAUGAAGUUGCUGAUAGCUCUAUUUUUUUGUUGUUUUUUUACACCCAAAGUGCACUCAGCUCUACAUUUAAGAAGCACAUUAGUUCUAAAUCCACGAUACAAUACCUACCCUUGAACCAAAAACAAAUCCCUUAUUAGUUGACAGAUUUGAAUUCUUUCCUCAAAUUGUCACAAGUUCGGAUUGACAUUUUAAAGAAGAACCAAUGAAUUCAUUGAGGUGUGUAUCUUUCCUUUUUUUUCAUUGUACACAAUGAACAGAUGGACCAAAAAAUCAAGAAAAGAAGUUACUUUCAUUAUAUGACCUCAGGUUCCUUGAAUGGAUGAAACAUACAGCUCCAAAAAGCUUUAACCUGAACUGGAAAAAGUUUACGUAGAUCAACACUUAAAAUUGGGUAGAUUUCAUGGGAAAUUGUAAAGUUGUGAUAAACACAUCCGAGGGUUAAUCAUACUGCAGAUGGGAUAUUUACAUACAUCUUUGUAGAAGAGAGUUUCAUGGAAUUUUCACAUUUCAUGAAAGAAAAUAAAUAGAAAACGUAGUUUGAUUAUACUUAAUGAUUACUUCUGUAGUGGUCAUUUCAUCAGUGUCCUGCAUUACAUCUUGUCAGAACCAUCUAUUCAUGAAUACAAAAUAGAUAGAUGUUUUUAAUUUUCAUCUGAUUAAUAUGCCACAUUUCUGAAUCAUCUCUUUAUUCCUCUCCUGGAAAUCACUUAUAUUCUCAUUAGAUGCUGCAACCAAAUAAGUAAAUUUUUAAAUUCUUUUCAUGUGUCAAAAUUUUGAAUUAUAUUCAACAUUGACUUAUAUGAAAAGUGUUUUUUAUGGUUCAGAUAUUUCCAGAUUACUUGUUAGUGUGAAGCAAAAAGGAUAUGUUUUGGCAGAAAUAAGGAAAUAGACUCUAAAACAAAAAUGCUUCUGGAACUGAUUAAUGAUGGAGAUAAAAACAUUGUUCACACACGCUAUUGAUAGAAGUGACAGGAUUUCUCAUUUCUAUGCAAGACAGAAAGGAAUAAUCUCUGUAAGGAGACUGAAGUUUCUAGGUUAGAAACACAAUCUUUUAGAGACAAUUUAGUUGCUUUUUGAGAUCUUAUUGUUGAUGAAUUACACAAGAUAUUGCAUUUAUGUAAAAAUGUUGAUUUUGUCAUAAAUUUUGGUACUGGUACUACAUUAUGAAGACUCAUACCGUUUGUUGUCUAAUUUAUAACUUUGAUAGGAACACAACAAAAGGGUAGGUAUGUUGGUGAUUAACUCUGCCAAUAGAAAUAUAGAACUGAGACAGAAUGUCGAUCAGUCCCAAACCAUCAUGCAUUAUGGGAUAUUUUAUGGGAAAGUAUCCACCAUUUUAACUGAUUUUAGCAAACAGGUGCUUGUUACUUUUUGUGCUGUUAUUUUGUAAUUUUAUGAGUUUGUUUAGUACAUUGCCAAACUCUUUGUGUUCCAUUAAAUUUCCAUUUAUAGAAUCUGAAGUUUGUGAACAAUUCAAAUCAAUCUCUGAAACAGAAAAAUGAAAAAGAGAUACAAUUGUGAUACAUCCCGACAGAACAUGGCAAAAAAUUCUUACACAGACCGUAUGUAUUGUAGACAUUUGGAAUUCUCGUCGAUAUCGAGAAAUCAACCAUAUUUCUUCCUUUAAAUAUUUGGCAUAUUUACAGAUUGAAAAAAACAAGUACCUGUGUGUAUGAAAUCCAUCCUUGUCAUAAUCAUCAUUAUUAUUAGUUAUUCCACAUUAUUUAUAAAGUCUGAAAUUAGUUCAGGUUGAAUUUUGAUAAAUAAAUAAAUUUCUACAAUUAAAUGUGCUGUGUAUUCUAGUACAUUUUAACAUACAUAUUUCAUCAAGUGGCAAAUUUAGAAAAAAUUGAGUUAAAAAUCUACCAUCACUGAUGAAGAAGGCUUUGUAAAACUUGGAAUUACGACUAUUUGUUGUACAUACUCUAUAAGUCAGUAACUGUUUUAGAUGUGUUGUACUGUAGUUUAUUACAACGUCUUAGUCAUUGCACUGAAGUGUAUUCAAAUACACAUUAUUUUGUUUAUAAAAUUGAAGAAGGUACUGUGAUGUCGGUAAACUGUGAUUUUGUUCUUGUUACAAUUUUUAAUGAAUGGCAUUCCUAGAGUAGUUUGGUGUCCUUUGGUACACAAAAUCCUGUUAUCCUUAAAAGACUAAAUUGGCCAGAUCUAGAUCUAAGUUGGGACUAUUCUAAUGUGGUUGCAGGAGGGAGAGCGCUUAUGAAAUCUGACAUAACCAUUUUUCGCUUGUCUUCCUUUCACUACAUUUGAUUUAAAACUUGGAAAGAAAUGAAGAGAUGGUCUGAUCUAGAUUAACAAAUUGGUCUGCUUUGGUUAAAAGUGGUAGAUAGAUAACUUUUAAGCUAACUACUCCUACAAAGAUGUAAAGUCAUUUGUAGUUUUAUAGUUGGUUAAAGUGUAAAAUGAAGGAGAAAAUUCCUUACAAGACUUAAUGCCUGAUUAAUGCUACAUACAUUUAUGCAUUAGAAGAGGAGAGUUAAAAUUGUUGGAGGAUUUUUUCCGAUUUGUAACUAUGUAUAUGCUCAGUGUUGAAUUGUGUAUUAAAUAUGAUGCACAGGGGUACUCCUGGUCAAUGUAACUUGAUGUAUAGAUAUUAUUACAAUUGUAGCGUAGGUAGGAAACAUAACAAAUUGAUUUACAGAUACAAGAAGUAUAUAUAUAGCUGUUAUCUGUAAUUGUCUCUAUUGAUGUCCACAAUUGUACUGUACUACAUCAGGACUUAUAUCCACAAACUGUAAAACGGUGCCCUAAUGGCCUUUGGGCACAUUAUACUGAUUUUCAUGACAUUUGGUAUCAGAAUACAUUUCCUCAGUACACCUCUACUUAAUAAUACAAAUGGAACCAAAUAAAUUUUAAUAGAACAAACAUA